AUUGAACAUUUUCAAAACGAAUAAUAAGUUUCUUAUAACGUGCCACACUGUACUUAAAUCAUUCUGUGUCAAUCGAUACCACUGAAAAGUCGUUUCAAUUAAAAACUCUCCAGGGUGAAGCAAGAUGUUCUUAUUUUUUGUUAUUGCGUUGCUAACUCUGAGCUACUUGUGGCUAAGAAAUCGUUAUUCGUAUUGGGAACGACUCGGAGUGCCCGGCCCGAAACCAGUGUAUGUGUUCGGUAAUUUGCUGAAACAGUUGACUUUCCAAGAACACAUCAGCAUAGCCCAUAAACGAUGGCAUAACACGUACAACAAUGUUCCAUACUUGGGCUUCUACAAAUUGCUGCAACCGGCGGUUAUGAUUCGCGACCCGGAACUGCAACGAGAAAUACUCGUUAAGGCGUUCAUGAACUUCCACCAAAACGAUGUAACCGUUUCUGAUAACGAUGAGCUACUCAAAGCAAAUCCGUUCUUUUCGUCCGGAGAGGAAUGGCGACAGAGUAGAGCAAUGUUCGGCACCUUUUUUUCGGCUAAUAAAAUUAAGACAGUGUUCCCAGCAAUGCUGAAAGUGGGCAAUGAAUGGGAACAGUAUGUGCGCAGCUUGGGAACGAAUACGGAAAUUGAUGCAAAAGAUGUAUGUUCUCGCUUCACCACCGAAACAAUGUUGAGAUGCACAUUCAGCAUCGAUGGUAAAUCAUUCGAGCGACAAUCUGAAUUUUUAGACUUGGGAAAAUCGGUUUUCAACCCCGACGUAAUCACGGCAAUGAAGGCAAUGACGGCUUUCUUCAUACCUGCGAUACAGAAAUUCGUGAAUAUUUCGAUAGUUCCGAAAUUGAUGGAUCGACGAUUCAGAGAAGUGGUUCGAGAGCAGAUCAAAAUGCGAGAUUCAGGAUCUGUACAAUGUGAAGAUGUGUUGCAAUUCGUGCUAAAUGGCCGUGACAAAUAUCAAAUGACGGAGACUCAAAUUACGGGAAUUUGCGUUGGAUUUUUCGUUGAAGCGUACGAAACUUCUUCGAACGUAAUGGCAAUGGCCUUAUACACUUUAGCCCAAAAUCCACAUAUUCAAGACGAAUUGGCUCGUCGCAUUCAGGAGUCAUUGGAGGCAAACAAUAACGAAAUCACCUACGACCUGAUUUACAAGCACGAGUAUCUCGACAAAGUUGCAUCCGAAUGCAUGCGGAUUCAACCGACCUUCUUUGGAAUACAGAAGGUAUGCACAAAAGCUUACACCAUGCCAUUGUUGCCGGGUCAAAGUGAGCCCACUACUAUACCUGCUGGAACCCCAGUGCUGGUGCCUUUUGCUACGGUGCAACAAGACCCGACCUACUUCCCCGAUCCCGAUUACUUUGAUCCAGAGCGAUUCUCGCCUGAACAAAAGGCUCAACGGCACAAAUCCGCGCACAUGCCUUUCUCUGACGGACCUCGAAUGUGUAUUGGCAUGCAUCUGGCUCUGUUCAAUUUCAAAAUGGGAUUGUUCCAAAUGAUUCGUCGCUUUGACGUCAAACUCCAUCCGAAUAAUAAACCAUUCAAAUUGCAUCCGAUGACAUUCUUCAACGUUCCACAGGACGGAUUCAAAUUGAUUUUUACACCAAGGAAGGGAAUCUAACCGCUGGUUUCUGAUUCUAACAGGAUGUAAAUUCGAGCUAUGUCAAUUGAAAUUAGGGAUAUAUCAUCGUUUGAUUGAAUAGCGCCCGUGUAUUCCGUAAUAAGAACUUUUCAGUUUAAAGUUCUGGCGCAUCCUACCGGAAAUUUAAAAAAAAA